AUAGGUGCGCCAGUGCGCAUGCGCGGAGUUAGAGGGUUUAUAGAGUUUUGUGAUUAGAGAAAACGAGAGAGAGAGAGAGAGAGAGAGAGAGAGAUUAAGCGUAACCAACUGUUGUUUUAAUCCUCUGAGCGGAUAGAUUUAGACGAAAAAACACUACUGGUUUGGAGCAGAGCAGCCAUUUUUAUGGACCGUUUGGGGAAAAAGUGGACUUGGAGGAGGAAGACGGCAGCCUGAGGAAGACUAGAGGAAAACUUUUUUCUAUUUUUUUGGCCUCGGCUUUUCACUUCCCAGCUGCUGAUCUGCCUGCUUUUAGUCUUUCCGCUAUAUUUAUCGAUUUACUGACUUAUUUUAUUUCAUAUUCGUGACAUUCACAUCGCAAAAUAAACAACAAUGAAGGACAGACUGGAGCAGCUGAAGGCGACUUGUGACCAUGACGACGAGGACGUCGAGAUCGCUGUGGAUAAUGCGGCGUUCAUGGACGAUUUUUUUACCCAGAUCGAAGAGAUCCGAAACAGCAUCGAUAAGAUCGAUGAAAACGUAGCAGAAGUGAAGAAACUUUAUUCGAUUAUUCUGUCUGCGCCGACGUCUGAUCAGAAAACACAAGAUGACCUGGAGACUCUUACCAAUGACAUUAAGAAGAUGGCCAAUAACGCACGCAACAAGCUGAAGUCCAUUGAGAGGGAACUUGAGACAGGUGAAGAGGAAAGAGUGUCAGCUGAUAUGAGAAUACGCAAAUCACAGCAUGCAGUUCUCUCGCGGAAGUUCGUGGACGUGAUGACAAAAUACAACGAAGCUCAGGUGGACUUCAGAGACAAGAGCAAAGGACGCAUUCAGAGACAGUUAGAGAUCACUGGUAAAGUCACUACCGAUGAGGAGCUGGAGGAAAUGUUGGAGGGGGGCAAUGCAGCGGUCUUCACUGCUGGGAUUGUAGAUUCUGGAAUCUCCAAGCAGGCACUAAACGAGAUCGAGUCUCGUCACAAAGACAUAGUACGGCUGGAGAGCAGCAUAAAGGAACUACACGACAUGUUCGUGGACAUCGCCAUGCUCGUAGAGAGUCAGGGUGACAUUAUCGAUAACAUAGAGGCGAAUGUGUCCAAAGCUGUGGAUCAUGUUGCAGUAGCAAAGAUUGAAACAAAGAAAGCAGUCAGGUAUCAGAGCAAAGCACGGAAGAAAGUGGUGAUUAUAGUGUGUGUUGUAUUGGUGCUUCUGGGCAUCAUUGCCCUGAUAAUAGGGCUGUCUGUAGGACUUAAGAAAUAAGUCACUAUAGCUGAAAAUGAUCAUCUUGGGUGUGAUCGUUGCUGUGGUUUUGGUCAUCAUCAUUAUCAUCGUCCUCACACAGACACUUUGAGACCACACCCACUUCUGUGACCCCUCCCACUCUUGUCAUUUAUCCAUCUGUGACGUUCCCGGUCCCUCUUUCAUCUCUCUCCUCCCUGCUUCGAGAAAGUGAGGCAGAAGUUAAACAUCUGUCCUCCUGCCCUCCACUAACAGAUGGACGAAGGACGAUUCCUCACCUGGGCUGUUUGAAAUCGUGCUUUCGUUUUAAAGCACCUUGACCGCUCGGGGCAAUCAUGAAGCAAACUUGUUUUGUGUAAACGGACAGGACUAUUUUGUUGAAGUAUGGACCGUACAGAGAAAUAGACCUCCACUUUCUUGCCUUAACAUUUUUUAAUAGUUGUGCUCUACACCAAAGACUUGACUAAUCAUCCACGGAUCCUAAAGUGGUCAUUUAUUAUUGCGAAGUACUUUUACGCCUUUACUCACCCUCUCCACAUGUCAUGUCACUUCAUGUGUUAUGUUUGCCAUUUCAUAUACCUCUGUGGAACAUGGAAAAAUGACUUCCUGGGUCUCACAUGCCGAAUGCAAUUACAGACUUGGGAUCAUUUCAGUGGGAUUUACAUUUGUUUUCAUGAAACACUCAGUGAUCGUUUCUAGAGUUUUGGCAACACUUUUCUCAGCUGAUAUUUCUGUCAUAAGGUCCCAUGUCUUGAUCAAGGUUCCUGUGUGAUGAUGUGUAUAAAUUUGCACAGUCAUGAAUGUCUCAUUUCACUGGAAUUUGGAUGAUAAUAAUAAUUCCAUGAUAAUUAUUAUUAUUAUUAUUAUUAUUAUUAUUAUUAUUAUUAUUAUUAUUAUCAUGGAAUUUACAAGCAUAUCUAGGAAGGAAAAAGUGCAAUUAAGUUGUGUUUAUAAAUCACUCCUGUUAAAAAAUAAUGUAAUGUCACUUGAGGAAUAAAUGAUUUUAUAUUUGUAACUGCU